AGGUCCCGAACCCCUCAGUGGCAUACCGGAGUGUCUCCUCCUCACUGCAGACCCGUAAGGUCCAGGUCUGGUCCCGCAGCAGUACCAUGUCUUGUGAACCCCCCAGAGAAGCUGUGGAGCAGCCUGAGAGCCCUGAGGGCAGGGUAGUGAGGAGAGACGGCGUGCUCCGCUCCCUUGUGCGCGGUCUCUUCUGGCCUUUCAGCAUCGUGGUCAGGGCCUACCGCGGAUUUUGGUGGGUGCUGGGACACACUCCGCCUCCGGAGGAACCCCUCUCCGGUCCCGUGGCUUCCAGCCCGGCACGCCAAAGCCUCACGGGCCGUAAGCGCCUGUAUUGGGCCACCCGGCUGCUGCUGCGCAUCCUGCCCCGCUGGGCGCAGGCCGCCCUGGGCUACCCGGUGUGCAGCAACAUUGGGUCUGCCGUGUCCCCAGAAAUCAGCAUUUCUCCCACCAAACCAUGCGGAAAGGGCAGCAAGAGGAAACAGGAUGAGCUUGAUGAAGAGGAUCAGCCAUCUUGGGUGGAGGUGCUUUCUAAGGAACUUCCAGAUGAAGGCUCAGAGGAGGAUCCUGACUAUGAGGUCAGCACUGAAGAGACGGACAGCGAAGAAUAUGCGUCAAAGAAUGAUACAGAAAGUGAUCUUGAGGUUCCAGGAAAGGGCAUCGUUAUCAGAGACGUGGACACGGAUGUUGCUGUCAUCAUGCCAGAUGAAGGAUCUAAAGCUGCUGUUUAACAUUUAAUGUAUGCUGUGAUUUUUGUAUGUUUAUAUAUUAAUGCAAUAAAACUUUAUUUUGCUCUAA